AUUCCAGUACUGCUGGGAUUGAUCUGUGGUUCUUGUCUUGUUCUGCUGUUGUAAUAAACUGUCUUGUUAAUUGAAUUAUAAUAAGACAUAUUUACUUCACCUUUUACAAAAUCUAAAUAAAAUGGCAUCUAAAAAAAAAAAGGCAGACUCAUCUUCAGGAUCAGAAGAGGAUGAUAUAAAGGAUAAGUCAAAAAAAGCCAAAACUAGUGGGGGAUCAAGAGGAGAUGAAGAUAAAGAACCAUCAUGGCCACUUGAUAAGAAACGAUUUCUCAAAGUCAGAGAAUUUAAAGGGAAAGUAAUGAUAGAUUUACGAGAAUAUUAUGAUUCAGAUGGAGAAUUGAAGCCAGGACGUAAAGGUAUUUCUUUAUCACUUCAGCAGUGGAGAAAAUUGGUGGAAAUAUCAAAAGAGGUUGAUGAAGUUUUAAAGAAGAUGUAACCAGUAUUUAUGAUGUUAUGUUUCAUUUGUUUUAAUUUAAUGUUAGGUGUUCUCAAAGAUCAUUUCUUAAUUUUUCCUUUCUUAGCUAUCUGUACAUAAGCUGUUCUUAAUUCAAAUUGUAUCAAUUUUUGAAAUGCCAUUUUUAUAUUAGAUAAAGAAUAUCUGUGUACUUUUUAUUCUCUAAUGAUGUAAUUUGAUCUUAUUUACUGUGAUUUUUUCUAGUCUGUAUUAUAUGGGAGUGUGAGUGUGUGUA